AUGACACCUAUCAUAGCCAAAACGAGCAUCACCAUUCUAGCUUUGGGUGCUGGCUGCAGCGCUGCGGCUGUCAAAGGAGAUAUCUAUGGAGAACGCACCUGGCAUAAGUAUGUCCGCUCGCCCAACACUUCGAUCGUGAAACCAAAGGGCAUUUUGGCUGCAAAUAUUACCGGCAACGUAUGCUAUUUAGGAAACAAUGAUGCUCCAACAAUCUUAACUUGCAAGCCAGACGACCUUGAUAUUCCCUCCAUUGUUGUUGACUUCGGUCAGAAUGUGGUCGGUGUAGUAUCGAUCGAUUUCGGUCAGUCGACGAAUUCGUCUCAGGGACUUCCAGGGUUGAAAUUUGCGUUUAGGGAAACCCAGCAGUUCCUAACAAAUACGAGUGAUUUUACGAGAUCGGAUAAUCUGCCAGACGGACAGAAAAUAAUUACUGGCUCCGAUCAAAUUGCUGUUGCCAACGAACCAGCUACUUGGAAGAACAAUGCCAGCUGCCAAUAUGGAGAACAGUUCGAGUGUUCCCAUGAAGAUCUGACGCAGUGGUGGUUGGAUGGUGUCUACACUACCGACAUGUCCAGUGAUACAUUCUUUGCCAAUGAGACUGAUCCUCAAGACUCUGCUACUCCGACGCUGGAGGGCAAGCGGGUCAUCUUUGAUGGCGCAAAGAGGAAUAGGGAUCCCUAUGUUGGAGAUUUGGCUAUCGCUUCGCUUACCUCCUAUCUCUCGCACAAUGCGCCUGAGUUGACACGCAAUAUUCCGGUUGAUUUGACAAAUCACCAGCGUGAGGAUGGAUGGAUACCUCCUGCUAGCAUAAAAAUAACAAAAAAAGUGUGCAUCAUCCGUGAAUCGAACACGGGCCUCGUCGAUGGCAACGACGAAUUCUACCACUAG